AUGUCACGUCCAAGUAGAUCCCCCACGCCAUCAUUCCACAACCCUCCUCUGCUCUCUCUCCCAACCCGCCCCUCUCCCAACCGCACCCAAAAGGCAAGCCCAGACGAGGCGGCACCCCUCCUUCAUCCCCACUCCAGGCAAUCGGAACCUACGCAACCCACGAACGGUGCGGGCGCCCGCCCCGGCUCCCUUCCUUACGUCGCACCCUGCUCUCGGCCCGUCACUCGUGCCAAACUUUCAUGUGGUCCGAUUAAUCCGAUCAGUUCGAAAAAUAGCAAGCGCGUCAUUGUUUUCGGCGCCCCCCGACAGCCCAUGGUUCGGAGCGGAAACAAGUGCGAUGCACCGUCUACAACCGGCGGCAGCAGUAGCGAGAAAAAGAAACGCUUCUUCCCUAGCCUGUGGUGGGGAGUGACCAGGUACCCCCUUCGUGUUUCUAGGGUUGCAAAAGAGCGAACCCAUGGCUCGGCUAUGUUGCCCUUGGUGUUGCAGUGCAUCCCGCCCCAAAGGUCGAAAAAUGUGCCUUAUGGCUGCUCGGAUCUACGCAUGACCACGCAGGUUUCAGGCAGCGGCCUGAAAUUGCGUUCAUCGAAGAAGCAACAGUGCUGA